CGCCGUCUGCAUCUGCAGUCACGUAGUCGUAGAACAAAGGAACCGGUUUAAUUACACUCUAGAAAAUUUUGGAGACAAAGCAGUGGUCAGUUUUUGGGUAAUUAUUGGGGAGCCGUUUUGUCAUUAGAGGGAAAUUAGGGAAAAACUCGUCUACCAAACACACGUGGCAUCUUUAUUUUGAAAAUUCAAAUCUUUCAUGCAAAAAAAUAAAUUUACAUUGUUUAUCAAAAUUUUCAUUUUUUUAAUAACGACGUCACGUCUGUUAGAUUGACGCAUUUUGUACUUAUUUCCCACUGGUGACAAAACGGUUCUUUAAUCACUACCCAUGAUAGAGGACCACCUCGAAUUGUCACCACCGAGGUGACAAUUUGUCUCCAAUUAUUUAGAGUGUAGUGCGAAAUGUAUUGACGAAAAUAAUUAUUAUUGACUUCUUCUCCGGCGUCAGUAGCAAAGUGUGGCUGGUCAAGUUCACAAGUGACAUUGGUAAUUGUAUCGGAAAAUUCAAAUGGAAGUGAAAUUGUGCUUUUUGUUGACGUGUCUCCUUUCGGGUGACGUGACAGGAGUCAAGUAUCCAGAAAUUCAGAGGGACGAGACAGUACUUAACACGUAUAACGGAGUGAACGUCACGCGACCCUACGGAUGGAUGGAGGAGGUCGAUAACAGCGAUAAAGUUGACAAACUUAUCGAACAAGAGAUCAGUGCGACACAGGAAUAUAUUUCAGAUUGCAAAGGAAGGCAGAAUUACACUGAUACAGUCCAAAAUUAUAGAAAUUUACCAAUUUACGAUUCUGCCAGGAAGUUUGGGGACAAGUAUGGCUACACGGUGCAACUUGGGCGAAAAGAGAAAGCAUUUUGGAACAUCCAAGACUCCAAAAGCUCAACCCCGCGUGAAUUGAAUUACACGUUAGAAAAUGGAUUCAUAUCCCCGGACGCGUCUCUGAUUGCGCAUUACGACCCCGCGCAGACACAAUUAAGCAUUGUAAACAUUACGGACUUCCAGGACGUCCCGAUCGACACGGUUAAUUUGUCCGGAGGGAAAAUAAGUGCACAAAGACUCGCCUGGUUGCCGGAUAGUACUGGGUUUUUCUACGUUUCCAGACAGGAUGGGGAACACGUGAUAAAUUUCCAUAAAAUAACAAAUAGUCCCGGAAACGUGACAAGGGACGAUGAGACCCUAAUUUAUGCCGCUUAUUCGACCCUCUGUCACGGAUCGGAAAAGAAAAAUGGAACGACUUGUGUCAUUGAGAAACUUAAGGUUACAGAUGACGGAGAAUUUCUUUUUGUCGAAAGCCGCUACGAAACAGUGGAUGAACUGGAUGAGGAUAGUUUCGUAACUGUGGGAAAUUACGUCCUAGUCAGAAUAAAUCAGACAUCAUUACUGGAUUCGGUCCUUAUCAGUGUGAAGAUUGCUGUCGAACCGGAUUCUUUGCACCUUUUCGCCAAAUUGGAUGACAAAUUAUACUUCUGGGAAAGAAACACGAUUUCGUACGGGAUAAGCGAAGUAACCCUUCUUCCUGGUGAUGCCAUCGAAUGGAGAAUUUUACAUACCUUCCAAAACUUCAAAAUUGUCGAUGUCGUCCCCGUUGGAGGCGAUAAGAUGCUUAUCCAACUAGUGGACAAUUCGUCUCCCUCGAGCACCGUUAUUUUCCAGCUUCGUGACCUUUUCACGGAUCGUUUAAUCAGAACGGUGCCCCUGAGCAGUGUCCAAUCCUCGCAAAUUCUACAGCUCAGUGGAAGAUUAAGUGACCCCGAAGUUAUCGUGAUUCGACGCACGUUACAAACCUUUUCGGAAAUUUUGAUCUUGAAUGUCUCCAAAGAGAAGGACGACUCGGAAUUGGUCACGGUCCUCAAACCUCUCCCACUCCCGUCAUCCCACUUAUUCACCCUGUCCUACGCCUCCACAAACAACGACACUAAUUCCACCACCCAUCGAAAGGCGACCGUCUGGGUGAAAAACAUUCGAAAAAUUGCCGAAACCGAUUUCCUAAUCCCGAUCUCUGCUCCCACCGUGAUUUUAUUAAAUUCUAAAAAAUACCUGAAACGUGACACCGUUCCUGCGCUGCUCGGCUUCGCGGACGCCAUCGUGAAACACGACUUCCUCCAGAGCAAGGACGACAAGGGGAACAAGACGCAUCGCAACUUGACCGCGGACUGGGUUCGGAUGGAGGACGAGGUCCGAAACGUGAUCGACUUGGGGGAAGAGUUGAUCAAUCAAGGGUACGCCAAGGCGGGGGAACAAAUCUACUUGUUAGGCUUGGGGGGAGAUGCGACCCUACUGGCGGGACUUGUGCUGCAUCGGCGACCUGAAUUGUUUGGGGCGGUAGUGUUAGCUGGUAUUGACAGUGAAUUUGCCCCGGAGCGAGAAGCCUUCAAAUCCUACACGGUUUGUCCGGAUGGCGAAGAAUUCUAUGGCGUCGUCUGUUCCAAAGUGAACUCCAAGUUAUUCCCCCUCCUCGAACAGGCUAGUCCGACCUUGUUACUGCAACAGACUAAUGUUACCACCACCAGUGACACCAGACCCCUCGUUCUUAUGAACAUUGUGAAAGAAAAAAGUCAAAAGGAGCAAGAAGAUGACCACAUAAAUUGGAACAUUUUCGGACUCGAAUACUUAGCCGAGCUGCAGAACAAAUUUGGGGUGGAUGAAAAGACUAAACCAUCGCUAUUAUUGGUCAGUAAGGAGGAUCAGGGUCACAUUUCGAAGUUGCCCAAUUGGGAAGACGUGUAUUGCGUUUUGAACGAAGGAGGAGAACACAAGGAAUAAUUUUAUGUACUUAUCUAUAUGGAUAGCUUAUCUAUGUAUAUUUAUGUAAAAAUACUUAUCUAUGUGCUUAUCACGACCACGCAAGUUAUGGGGACAUUGUAGGAUAGAGGGAGGAGUUUAUAUAACAUGGGCGGAUAAUGGGGACCUCAAAUAAUUGUCUCUCUGCCCCCACGCUUCCGCGGACACGAUCCGAGAGUAAAUAUUCCUUAAUUCCUUGAACUACUUAUUAUAUGAUAAAUAUGUAUGAAAUGUGUGAUACGUGGUAUGCAAAUAAAUUCCAUUAACAGAAUCACAAAUAA